AUGUGGAGAUCAAGCAUAGCGAGGAAAGUGAUUCGAUUACGAGCUAUCAGAUCACAAAGGUAUCUACACAACUAUGAUCCACCUUAUCCUUCUUCUUCAUUACCAGUAUUGACCCAUCUUCCGGAGGGAUCAGGAACCACUCGCCAAUUCCCACUAUAUCAACCUCCUCCACCGGGUGAAUAUAUACCAUUGACAAAAGAGACAUUACGACAACUUCCUUCGGAAGAAUCGUUAAAUAGACAAGUGAAAAUCAGAGUCACUAAAAAAGCAAUAGAAGGAUUACCUGAACUGACAGAAGAUGACCUCAAAGAUUUUUACACCGAUCUAGUCAAGACUGGUACGCAAGGGGAUAUCAUUCUACCCAGUUUACAAUCACCGGAAGAUAGAUUGAAGCUACCUUUGAGCAGAGAGGAGAAAGAAGAUAUCUUGAGACAUUUGGAAAAUCGAUUAUUAUCCUCUGACGAACAAUUUCCCCGUAAUUCCAUCGGGAAAGGAACCUUCUCAGAAGGAAAUGGAGUAGAAAAUGGCUUGGUACAAAGUGAAUUGCCCAAACAUUACAAGAUCUUUGGUGUGUUGGCUCAACUUGCUAUUCCGGAAGAAAGUACAUCUGGCUCUGGCUUAGCAGGUCCAAGUGGAACUAGUAAAUCUCCUGCUGGAAAUGCAGUAUCUGAGAUCCCACUCGGCCUGGUCAGUAGGAAAGAAUGGGACGUCCUAUUUGAAGAGUUCAUUGUAAGAGGAGAUGCUAGAGGUGCUGAAGCCCUUUUGGAUGUUAUGACCCUACAUGGAGUACCUAUUGAUCAGGAUAAGAUCAACGAUAUAAUGAAAGUUGAUGCUGCUGCCGGAAGCGUUGAGGAAAUUAGUCGAUUGACAGCAGAGUUGGCCAACAGUGGAUUGGAGAUCACGAAUUCACACAAAGAUCUUUACAUACGUUCGCUGAUACAGCAGUCCCCUUCGCUGCCACAAAAUGCAAUAUCGCAUCUCAUAUCAGCUGAGACAGCUGGUCAACCAUAUCCUCAAUCAUCCUAUCAUGUAGUGUUACAGCAUUUAACACAACCAUCACCUAACUCUCAUCCAAAUGCAAACACAAGAUCACUAGCAUGGGAUUUAUUCACCAAUAUGCGAUUAUCAGCUCAUCCGACACCGACAAGGGAAGUGUAUACGGCAAUGAUUAGGACAUGCUCCGAAGCGAGUCAACCUGAACCUGAAAGAGCUCGUGAUCUCUGGAUCGAAAUGAUCGAAUCCGAAAAAAUACAGCCUACAAGAGAAGAGUAUAGUGCAAUCAUAAGAGCAUUAGGUUCGACCAAAAAAGAUUAUCUAGAAGCGUUCGAUUUGUUAAGACAAAUGUUAGCUAAACAUCACGAUGCCGUCUACACUCCUUUCUCAGAGGACAAUGACCAGUUACCUAAAUUCUCUGAAUACGUCCCGACGUUAGAUACAUUCACUGCUUUAUUGGAAGGAACGAAAAGAGCGGGUGAUCUCAACAGAGCAAGAUGGGUAUUGACCGAAACUGUCAAACUUGCUAGAACGGGAUAUCUGUUAGGUUCAGAAGAAUGGAGAAAAGGUAUAGAUGCAGAUUUGUUAAGUGGUGUAUUCAUGACCUAUGCCUCGUGGAAACCUCUCGUCAGAAGGAAUAUCGUAAAACUGAAGGAAGGCGAAAACGAGAUUCAGCCAUCAAAUCACGACAUCAAGAAGGAAGAAGCAAAUCUCACCGCGGAGACGGAAGAAGCGGCUGCAAAACUAGAAGAAAAAUGGUUGGAUAUGAAUGUCCUCGAAGAAUUGGUUGAAUCGCCUUCAUCUACUCAGUCAGAAUCAAUCCAAAAUCCUUCUACUUCUGAAUCAGACUCUGCUCUUACUCCGCAAUCGUCUGCGGAUGCUCUACGCGAAGCGACCGCGUUAUUUCACCGUAUAAUCGACGACAUAUCAGCUCAACCCAAUACUGAUGACUAUCUCCCUUUCCAAGAUGUCGUAAUAGGUCCAAAAUUGAUCAACUCGUACAUCUCUGUUCAUCUCGUCCAUUCACCUUCCCUGUCUGCAACCAAAAAGGCAUACGAAGAAGCUUGGUCUUCCGUUAUACAGCUUACCAAAGGCAGUGUCAAACCCAAUGGAUGGACAUACCUCCAAAUCUUGGAGAAGUGUGCGCAUGGUGGUCGAUCUGGAAUAGCCGAAUCUGAUAGAGCAGUAGGCUUUGAAUGGGGACAAGAGAUAUGGAAGGAAUAUAUCGAAUGGGUUGGAUCCUAUAAAGCGGAAAUCGAGAGGAUAGGAGAACCUUCAAUAAAAUCAAGAAAGAAAUGGCUAGCUGGAUUAGGUGAUAGACAAAUUGAAAGAACUUGGAGAUCUGCUAUACGAUUAUUUGCUUUACAUGGGCAAACGUCAAAAUCAUUGUCACUUUUGGAAGAGUUCUACUCGCUAUACCCACCAGAAGACAUCACGAAAGCCUAUAAACCAUUACCUGAAUUAGGAUUAAAGAUCAAAUUAUCAACUCCGUCAUCAAUGAUAGAAGCUGAUGUUCCUCCUUAUAUGUUAUUUGAUGAUAUAAGAUUACUACAUCAAAGAUUGGUAAAAGAAGAAAAAUGGAAAGAAGUGAAUAAAGUUACAUUCAUCAUGAAAAGUUAUCAAGGUUACUUGAAGAAAAGAAGAGAUUGGAGAUUCAAGGGCGUUGGCCAAGGUAGAGAAAUUUGGAAAAACAUGUAUGAGCAGAGAGAAAGGAAGAGACUCGAUAAUCAUGAUGGCAAAAAAGCGAUUGAGAGUGGACAGGGCAGGCACGUAGAUAUUGAUGAGGUUGACUAG